GUAGCAAACAUCCACCCAAACAUCUUUCUUGCUAGCGUGGUUGCCCUUCAGACGUCCUUCGAUAUAUAACCCUUCGUCAUUCGCUGCCUCUAUCUGCUCCUGUCUUAAUCCGGAACCUUUGGCACCCAGCUUUACACUUGCACAUUUCUCAUACUGCGGCAACAUGAGCGCCUCAGAAUCGAGACUCGCGUGGCCCCUCAUCUGGAUCAAUGGUUUCCCUGGUACAGGCAAACAUACGAUUGCAAAGUUCUUCGCGACCCUCCUAGACGAGGGUGACCCUCUAUUAAUUGACAACCACAGUUUAAUCGACCCGGUGGAGGCAAAAUUCUCGCGAGAUCAUCCAAACUACCAACAGGAAAGGCGCCGGGGGAGAGAGGCCGUGUUCAAGAGUUUUGUGGAAGAUCCAGCCUUUCGGACCCGCAUCGUUAUCUUCACCGAUUUCCAAUCCAAUAAUGAUCUUGGCCGUGACGUGGCAAGGGAAUACGAGGCAGCAGCGUUACGGGCCAGACGUCCUUUCUUGCCUGUUUACCUCGAGUGCGACAUCAAAGAAAAUACACGCAGAAUAACAAGUCUACAACGGGGAAGCAGUGGGACUACAAAGCUCUUAAACCCUAAGGUUCUUGCAGAAAUGCGAUCCAGGUGCCAACUCUUUCGUUUCGAUGGUGUCGAGGGUAUCACUUCUGAUGUGACGAAUAUGGGACCAGAAGAAGCGGCUGAAGCCCUGGCAAGAGAGGUAACGACAAUUAUCAAUGACUUAGUUAAACACCGGAAAUAAAAGGUCCCAAGGUUGCCAGCUGCGUCAUAUCACG